UUCAUUUUUCCUCUCCUAGGAAUGUGAGUAUCUUCAUAGUAUUGCACAGUGUCUACAACUGAUGGUGAGGAUAGAGUCUUACAAACAAGCCUUCUUCAAGAUGGAGGGCAUCACCAGUGUUGUAGCCACAUUGUUGAGGAUUAACAUUGGGUUCCAGCUUCAAUAUCAGCUAAUAUUCAUUUUGUGGCUGCUCUCCUUUGAUCCAAGAAUUGCCGAGAGAAUGGUUGGGAACAAUGCGGUGAUUCCAGUGUUAGCAGACAUUCUGAGGGAGUCAGAGAAAGAGAAGGUCAUAAGAAUCAUUAUUGCAACUAUGAGGGUGAGAAACUAGUGAUUAUUUAAUAGUACGACCUACAGUCAAGUCCUAACCCUUGUCCUUAACCCUUGUUGACUGGAGUCUGGUUAAGAUCACCAAUGCUGAACAGGUCGAAGGGUAGAGACCAGAAAAAGAGUGAUCCACUGGUCCUUGAGGUUGGGGGUUCGGCAAGGACCCUAUCUGUGAAAAUAGAAUUGUGCCUUUUGAUGUGAAGAGGGAUGAUGAUGAUGAUGACGUAUUUACAUGUGUUAGCUAAAAUAAAGACUUUGACUUUGACCAGAUUAACAGGUUUGGUUUCGUUCUUGUCGCCGCUGCUGCUACUGUUAUUAUUAUUGUUGUCGUUGUUGUUGUUGCUG